AUGGCAAACGGAAACGUCACCGACGCGAAUGGUUUCGUAGACGCGCUCGAGAACGCACUCUCGAUCAACCGAGUAGCAGUAAGGAUUCCACCAUUCAACGCUACGGAUCCAGAGCUAUGGUUUUCCAUGGUGGAGACCAGUUUCGGAGCAGCAGGCGUAACAACGGACAGCACCAAGUUCGGGUACGUCGUAGGCGCGAUGGAUCCGAAAUUUGCUCAAGAGGUGCGUGAGAUCAUCGUCAACCCUCCGCCUCACAACGCGUACACUACGCUCAAGACAGAGCUCAUCAAGAGGCUCAGCUCGACACAGGAGCAGAAAACUCGACGGCUGCUGGAGAGCGAGGAUAUCGGGGAUAGGAAGCCAUCCCAAUUCCUUCGACACCUACGCUCUUUGGCAGGGACCGCGGAACCUGAUAGCGUACUUCGACCCUUAUGGCUAGGACGGCUGCCUGUUAACAUGCAGGUGAUCCUCGCGACACAGCGUGACGCUGAGCUGGACAAAGCAGCGGAACUCGCGGAUGCGGUCGCGGAAACGUCUAACCCGCGCGUGAGUAUCUCGGAGGCAGCGGUAACUUCGCCGACAAAUACGAUUGUGGAACAGAUGCAGCAAAUGAUGCAGAUGUUCCAACAACAGAUCGUGAACCUGCGGCUCGACAUUUCCGAAUUAAAAACAUCGUCCGGUGGAAGCAUAAACAGGCGAGAACAACGCACGCGGUGGCGCUCGCGUUCACGUUCACAAUCCCGCGGUCACGGGAGAAACGGACUAUGUUGGUACCAUUGGAGGUACAGUGCCGACGCAAAGAAGUGUGAACAACCGUGCAACUUUACCUCGGGAAACGCGGGGGGCAGUCGUUAA